AUGAAAAAAAAGAAAAAUGUAUCACAAAUAACGACAAUAACAACAACAACAGCAGCAAUAACAACAGAAGAAACAACAGCAACAGCAACAACAACAGAAGAAUUAUUAUUUACUUCUAUGUCAAAUAAUAGUUAUCUCAAAUGGCGCCAAAAUGUUUCUAUUCUUGCCACACAUGGUCCUGGAGACGACUUAAAUGAAGGUAGAGAUACUCAAGGAAUCUAUAUUGAUGAUGAUAACCAGACAAUUUAUUAUACUCGACAUAAUAGUGAUCGAGUUGUUGCACUGAAAUUCGGUGAAAAAAGUGUUGAAAUUGCUGCUGGUGGAAAUGGACCAGGGGAUGAUUUAAAUCAAUUAAACAAUCCAUCAGAUGUAACUGUUGAUAAAAAAAAAGAUUUACUUAUUAUUUGUGAUAAAGGAAACGAACGCGUAGUACAAUGGUCUCGUCAAAAUCAAACAAGUCCAGAAAUAAUUAUUUCCAAAAUUGAAUGUAACGGUGUAACAAUCGAUAAUAAUGGAGAUAUUUAUGUUUCAGAAGGAAAAACACAUAGUGUUAUACGAUUAAAACAAGGAGAAACAAAGGUAACAACUGUAGCUGGUGGAAAAGGAUCUGGAUAUAAGCCAAAUCAACUAAAUAAUCCUGCUUAUAUUUUUGUUGACGACCAGUAUUCGAUUUAUGUAUGUGAUUUUAAAUAUGGUCGUGUAACAAAAUGGAUAAAGAAUGCACAGGAAGGAAUUAUUGUUACUGAGGAACAAAAUCCAGAUGAUAAUAUAUUAUGGUGGGAUUUUCCGUCUGGAAUGGCUAUCGAUCAUUUUGGUAAUGUAUAUGUGUCAGAAAUUAACCAAAAUCGAAUAGUGCGCUGGUCGGAAAACUCUAAAGAAUGUUACGUUGUUAUGAAUGGAUACGAUCAACAACCACAUUUAUUCGGUGGAGUCGCAGCUAUAUCAUUAGAUCGAGAAGGGAAUCUAUAUGUCGCUGAUAAUUUCCAUCAUCGAAUAGUGAAGUUUGAUGUUGAUGUUAAUUGA